CACCUGCCUUCCCUGGUGUCCCACCUCACCUGCUUGCACAGUCUGGGUGGGUGAGGGCGCUGCUGAAAGCGCUUUUGCACCGAUAUAUGUGUGCCAAACACGGCGAGACUCGCAAUUGCCGGAACGGAGAGAGAGCCGAGCGACCGGAGCGCAGAGCACCGAGCACCGAGCGACCGGAGCGCAGAGCACCGAGCGACCGGAGCGCAGAGCGACCGGAGCGCAGAGCGCAGAGCACCGAGCACGGAGCGACCGGAGCGCAGAGCACCGAGCACCGAGCACGGAGCGACCGGAGCGCAGAGCACCGAGCGCAGAGCACCGAGCGACCGGAGCGCAGAGCACGGAGCACAGAGCACCGAGCACCGAGCGACCGGAGCGCCGAGCACCGAGCGACCGGAGCGCAGAGCACCGAGCACCGAGCGACCGGAGCGCAGAGCGCAGAGCACGAAGCGACCGGAGCGCAGAGCACCGAGCGCAGAGCACCGAGCGACCGGAGCGCAGAGCGCCGAGCGCCUGACCGGGGGCUGCUCCCCCCCGCGGGCGGCGCUCGCGCCCUCCGGCCAAUCAGCAGCGCGGGGCGCGGCCGCGGCGCGGGGAAGAUGGCGGGCGCGGAGAGCGGCGUGGGGAAGCGGUGCAAGGGCGCGCAGGUUGAGGACAGGAAGGUGGACUGGCGGCGCUGGAAGCAGGAGAGGAAAGCAGAGAAGAAGAAAUGGAAGGAAGUGAAGCUGCUAAAGAAACUGGAGAAACAGCGGAUGCGGGAGCUGGCAGAACAAGAAGCCCAGAAGCAGAAGGAGCAGAAGGAAGACAGAGGCCGUCACCACACACUGAGCGUGGCUCUGCCCGGCUCCAUCCUGAACAACGCGCAGUCCCUGGAGCUGCGCACGUACCUGGCGGGACAGAUCGCCCGGGCCUGCGCCAUCUUCUGCGUGGAUGAGAUCGUGGUCUUCGACGAGCAUGGAGAGGAUGUGAAGAGUGUGGAAGGGGAUUUUGAAGGAAUUGGGAGGAAAGGCAAGGCUUGUGUGCAGCUGGCUCGGAUCCUGCAGUACUUGGAGUGCCCUCAGUACUUGAGGAAAUCCUUUUUUCCAAAACAUGAGGAUCUGCAGUUUGCAGGGCUGCUCAACCCCCUGGACAGCCCCCACCACAUGCGGGUGGACGAGGACUCGGAGUACCGGGAGGGCAUUGUGCUGGACCGGCCAACGAAGCCAGGCAGAGGCUCUUUUGUUAACUGUGGGAUGAGGAAGGAGGUGCAGAUUGACAGACAGCUGAACCCCGGUCUGCGAGUCACCGUGCGCCUGGAGGAGCCCCAGAAUCCAGAAGCCAAAGCGCGCAAAGGCACCGUGGUGUCCUCGCACCACCCUCGGACAGUCUCAGGCUUGUACUGGGGUUACAGCGUCCGCCUGGCCUCCUGCUUGAGUGCUGUCUUUUCUGAGUGCCCGUUCAAGGAAGGCUACGAUCUCUCUAUUGGGACCUCAGAGCGGGGCAGCUCCGUGGACCAGGUCACUCUCCCCUCCUUCAGGCAUGCCCUUGUUGUAUUUGGAGGCCUUGAAGGCUUGGAAGCUGGGGUUGAUGUGGACCCAAACCUGGAGGUCACUGACCCAAGUGUCUUGUUUGACUUCUACCUGAACACGUGUCCCAGCCAAGGCAGCAGAACCAUCCGGACAGAGGAAGCACUGCUGAUCUCUCUGUCUGCGCUGAGACCCCACAUUGAGGAGGCUGUGAAGACACCCAGAGACAGCUGAGGGAAGGGAAAACACUGACCUUGCCCUUGGGGAGGCAGCUCUUCAAAUGUAGGGUGCUGGGCAAGUCACUCCAGGAGCCUGGUGGGACCAAGGCACAGUGUGACUGAAGCUGGCAGCACUGCCCAACCAGGCAUUCACUGCUGCUGGGAGCAGCAAGUCUGUGCCCUCCUGCCUGCAUGGUCCAGCCAAGCACUGGUUGCUGCUUCCCAGCAGCUGGGACAAGCUGGACAACAGACUUGGUCUCAGCAGCUCAGACAUUUGGGGUGGGAAUAAAGCAGUAUGGAACCUCA